ACGUGGCUUCCUCACCAGCACAAACUUUAGGACAGUUACUUAAAUUUUAGCUACCUAGCCAGCCUGCUAGCUAUUUGGAAGCAACUGUUCAUAUUUGUCACUAUGGCAAAUAAAACAACACGUCAAUAUUGACGGUAGUUAGUUGACGUUAACGGGGGCUGCAUAUUUGGGUUUUUGAACAGGUUGGUGGUUGCAAACUGAAGGGGGAAGUAAUUUUAGCACAAGCCAGCAGCAUUCGUUGUUUACUAAUAUUUAGUCCUGGCUCUGACAGUUAUGACAGACAAUGUAUUUUUGUACAAGCUACGACAACGACAUAUCUGCCUAACACUAGUUAAGUUUUAACUAGGUUAAGUUACGUAUCUUUGUUACUAAAAGACGGAUGCCCUGGACACAAAGAUGGAGGUGGCUGUUAAAAGGAAGGUCAAAAGGAGGCACCUGAAUGCAGCUGAGUGUGAUGAACUGGGACGAAGUGCAGAGGGCACUGAUGCCCUCACCCAGCCCCACUCCGUCAACCACGGGCUGGGCGGCCGCAAUCCUAAUCGAGGGCUUUACCCCAGGACACCCACCAAGCGACAGAAGUGGGCAUCUGCCUCAGGAAGUCCUGUCGGGCAACAGAAGGGCAUCAACGACUACUUCUCUGUGACAGGAGUCAUCAGGUCCAGUCCACACAAAUCCUCCCAGCCCUGCUCGUCCACACACACAAAUGGACUCAGGGGAGAGCUUUUUCCCAAAGAAGAGGCAGUGGGUGUGGAAGAGGAAGAGGAUGACGAAGAUGAUCUCACCCUGUUAGCUGGCGCAAUGUCGCCGGAACCUGAAGCAGACGAAGAAGAGGACUUUGACGAUGUAAGCCUGUUAGCUUCUGCGAUGGUUCCAGAGCUUGAGACAAAGCAAGUGGAGGUGGUGGAUUAUCUGGAGGGAAUGACUGCAGAGAUGUUUGGGGACGAUGAUGAAUUUGACCGAUGUGACGGUUACAUUCACAACAAGGAAGAAGAAGAAGAGGAGGUGGAGGCCCUCCCUGACACUCACUAUGGGCUCUUCGGCAGCAGCAAGGUCUUGCUGCAGCCCCAAGGCUGCAUAGAUGACCUUCCAGAGGAGGUCCUGAGGCAAGUACUAUGCCAAGUCCCUGCCCAGGACCUCUACCGCAAUGUCAGCCUUGUCUGCCAUCGCUGGAGGAACAUCGUCCAGGACACUAAGUUUGUCCCCUUCAAGAAACAAUACUACCGCUACAUGAUGAGGGAGAAGAAUACAAUGAAGGAGAUCUUCUACAUCCUGAAGAACAGCCAAAUAAAAAAUCCAACAUCAUCACAGCACAGCAUACGAAACCUAGUUGUUUUAAUGGCCCAGCAUAAGGUUGGAGAGUGGGUCAGGCCGGAAGAUGUUCUGGAGUGUGUUAAGAAACAUCGUCUUUUUCCUCAGGCUGAGGCCUCCAUCAGAUUACGUAUUCCUGAUAUUCAGAAAUGCUUUAACCUUGGCACUGAGGGUCCCAACCCGUAUGCGGCCAUGGCUGUCAUAUUGAUCCUAAGUGAGAGUGUUGGUGACGUGCAGGCCAUGGUGUCUCUGCUCACCGGCUGUAUGUCAGACACCGCCAUCACUGAGUACCUCAGCCACAUGGCUAUGAUGCUGCUUGCCUUAAAACGGAAUAACAUUCAGAUUAGUAACAAGGUACAUUACAACAUCUACUAUGUACUCCACCUGAUGGAGAACGGCCCCUUUUCCGUCAGCUCCGGUCAGAGCAGGGAGCGUCAGAUUGACCUGACGCGUGAACAGCAGCAGAUCCUCAGCCAUGACAUGAAGAAAGACCAUGUGGUCAAGAUUGUGGCUUUUGCAGGUACAGGGAAGACGACCACGUUGGUGAAGUACGCUGAGCAGCGACCACACCUCCGCUUCCUGUAUGUGGCCUUCAACAAGUCUGUGGCCGAUGAGGCGCAGCGCCGCUUCCCCAGAAACGUGGACUGCAAGACUGUCCACUCAUUGGCCUACGGGGAAGUUGGGAAAAGCUACCGUUUACAUCAGAAGCUAACCUUUAACCUGAAGCCAUUCACCGUCAACUCUGCUCUGCCUGAAGGCCGCGGGGGCUUCGCCAAAGCCAAAGUAGUGGUCACAACUCUCAACGCCUUCAUGGCUUCAACAGACCCUACUAUCAAUACCAGCCAUGUCCCCAGCACCCGUAUAAUCAAGAAGCACCACAGGGUGGAAAUACCCGAAAUUGAAAAACCGUUUUUUGUCCACGACGCGCAGACGAUCUGGAACAAAAUGAGGGAUGUCAAUGAGAAGGAAAAAGAUGCCUACCACAUGACCCACGACGGUUACCUUAAGUUAUGGCAGCUCCGAGUCCCAAAGCCCAAGUUAUCUGACCAAUAUGAUGUCCUCUUCAUCGAUGAGGCCCAGGACUGCACUCCAGCCAUCAUGGAUGUGCUUCUGUCUCAGCGCUGUGGGAAGAUCCUGGUUGGAGAUCCCCACCAGCAGAUCUACACCUUCAAAGGAGCCGUUAAUGCUCUGAACUUUGUCGACCACACGCACAUCUACUACCUGACGCAGAGCUUUCGGUUCGGUGCCGAGAUCGCCUAUGUGGGUGCCACCAUCCUCAAAGUGUGCAAGAAAGUCGAGAAGAUUCUAGUGGGAGGAAAGCAAAAAGGCGGUGUGUGUGACGAGACUGCAGAAAAGGUUGAAGCAGCUUUGAGGACGGGUGUCAGUACUUCUCAGGGGAAGACAGCCAUCUUGUCACGAUGCAAUGUCAGUGUGUUCAGCGAAGCCGUCAGGCUCAUUGACGCCAACCCGCUCUGCCGGGUCCACUUCAUAGGAGGUGUGAAAGGGAUCGGCCUGGAGAGAAUCCAGGACAUCUGGCUGCUGAUGCAAGGGCCAGACCAACAACGAAAAUUCAUCAAGGACCGCCUUAUUCGCUGCUUCUCCAAGAAAAAUCAGAAUGGCUUCUGGGCCCUGAAGACGUACGCCACGCAGACUGAGGACAGGGAGCUGGAGGCCAAACUCAUCAUAGUUGAAAAAUACAAAAGUCGAAUCCCCGAACUAGUCGAGCGCCUUGAAAAUUGUUCUGAAGAGGACUUUCAUAAAGCAGAUUUCAUAGUCGGGACAGUCCACAAGGCUAAAGGUCUGGAGUUCGACAAUGUAAAGGUCUCCGAUGACUUUGUCAAGGUUCCCUGUUCAAGUCACAACCUGCACUUCAUUCCUGACUUCUCGUUUGAUAAAAUUCCUGACGACGAGUGGAACCUGCUGUAUGUGGCAGUGACUCGUGCCAAGAUCUCACUGAUCAUCACUAACAACAUCCGCCGCAUCCUCACAGUGGCUGGGGAAUACUUCCUGACGUCGGAGAUGCCCAGCUCCUUGCAGACAGCGGGCGAGCCUCUCCCGUGCGCUGUCACAGACUGCCCCAACUGCACCACACCCGGCUCGGCGUUCACCAUGUGCAAGCGGCAGCUGAAAUGCACUGAUGGCAUGUCUGCCGGCGGCCCAUUGUGCGAGAGGUGUGUGUGGACACGUAUUGGGCCAACUGCCUUCCUCAUGACUGACGACGUGCUCUCAAUGGCCGAAAUACCACGAAGACUCGGCCCGCCGGACCACCAUGUGAUGCUCCUGGCGCUCUUCUAAGACCGCUUCUGUGCAUUGUUGGAAAAGGACUUUGAGGUCACCUUUUUAAAAUGCUAACCAGGACAUGAACAGCCAGGAAUAAUGUCCCUUGUACGGCCACCCAGAAACACUGAAACGGACUGAACUACAGAGAAUAGUGCGUUUAUAGGGUGUGUUUUUAAUGUUUGUAUUUUUCUCCCUGAGUUAAAGGGACGUGGAUGUUGUAAUAAGAAGACACUUAAAUCAUCAUUUUGGUAUUUUAAAACCCUAUUUUCACAAAUUUGGGUGUCAAAAAUGACUUUUAGUCUGCAAGGUGUUCCUUUGGUGCAGUUAUGUCCGUCAAAAUUAAAACCACAAAAAGUGUUUCUUUUUGCCACUGACAGGCUCAGGCUUUUAUAUGAGGUGUCUAACAACAUCACGGCGAGGAUCCCUACAAGUGACACCCUUUGUAACAAGAAACUGAAGUCUCGCUCCGAAAUCUUGUAAAAGGUGUGUUGUUGCAGGAAGACGACGGCGGAAACGUGAACUUUGUCCUUUUCCGGCAACAACUCGCCUCACGAGAUUUCAGAUUGAGAAUUGUCCUUUAGCAAGAUUAGAAAAGCCCAAUAGAAAUGCAGACUAAGCCCAAUAGAAAUGCAGACCAUGGAUCGAGAGAGGUGGGGGUGUUUACUUCCUUCUGUUUGAACAUUCAUCAUGCAACUGUAGUCAUGGCCAAUGUCUAAGUCAUGCAUGAGCAAAUGGCAAAAUAGUGGGUAGAAAGUGACCGAUGAUGACAAUGAUCUAACCGCAGGCGGGGGUGGUACAUCCAGUGUGGAACAGCUGUAGCUGAUAAAAAUAUAUCCAGAAAGUGAUGCUAUUUUAUUCUCAGAACUUCAGGGGUUUCAACAACCUGACCGGACAUUUUAUUCUACACUAGUUAAAUUGUGACCACAGCCCUGCCUGGUUACCCGAUACAUUGUAUUUGGAAAGUAACUUGCUUGUUGAGUUUUUAAAAUGUGGUGUGUGUUUUUUUUUUUUUUUUUUUGUAGUGCUUUCAACCUAGUGUACUAAAGUGGCAGCAAACGCUUCAGAGCCAGAUAUUCCAGAAUCUCAGGAGAUUUUGUACUUGAGCGAGACUUCUGUCUGUUGUUAAAAACAAUAGUCACUCAUGGGGAUCCUUUCUGUGAUUAUUUUUUCCCAGACAUCUGUUAACAACAGUCGGAGCCUGUGUGUGGCAAAGAAACACUUUUUGUGGACAUAAUUUGCGACAGGCACAAUUGCGCCUAAGGAAGACAUUGCAACCACUGCAGCUGUUUCAAAGCCUACCAGCUGAAAAAGUCUACUGCAAGGAUUCCAAAACUUUUUGUAGUUGCAAGUUAUUUCAAUACCAAAUAUGUGAAAAUGUAAAAAUACCAAUAUUAUCCUUUAACAGCCUGUGGCUGUCGGUAGAGGGCUGAGGUUUUACUGGAGAGCAUGUUGUUUUUAUUACAAAAAAAAGACAACUAAUGGCCCACUUACUUGUACUAUACUUUUACUUAAAAAGAAACCAAACAACA